UGUCGCCAUUGUAAAGUCAAAGUAUGCGUACGAGGAAUGAAAGCCAUUCUCUUGGCAGAUAUGAACGUGGAACUCUACAGCACCGAUACGCCCUCCGAUCGGAUACAACUUAUGGAUAAAGAUUAUCUGACGCGAACGUGCUUUUGCAGAAUUCGAGAUGUAGCUUGUCUUGGAUGCGGUAAUAUCAUCGGAUAUCAUGUUGUGUCGCCAUGUCAUCAUUGCCUGGGCGCUUGUAAUAAUGGU